AUGUCUAAGGACUUAACAAAGCUGUUCUUCCAUGAUGAGGAAAAGGAUAAUGUUGAUGGAGAGUUAAUAGGAGGUUAUAACAAAGAUUGGGACAAAUUAGAAAAGGGUAUAGUAAAAGUGAUAAAUAAUGAAGAUAAUGAGAAAUUAAAAAUAAAUUGUCUAAAAAAUAUUGAACAAGCUAAAAAAGAAAUAAUAAAAGGAUAUACUAGUAGAUUUGAAAAUUUCUAUCCAGAUAAUUACACUAGAGCUAAAGGAACUGCUUUUCAAAUUGAAAAUACUGAUAACAUUACUGCUUCACUUGAAGCUCUUACUGUAAAUUGUGUCAAACAAGAAAACAUUAAUAAUGAUAAAAUUAAUAGAAUUGAGUCAGAUGUUAAAGAAUUGAUAAAGAUAACUUCAAACUUAAAUAACCCAGAAGUUGAAUAUUUAAAAAUCGAAGUGGUUAAAAAAGAACCCAUAUUUGAUGUAAGGAAUUGGGAUCUUUGA